AUGAGGCUACUGACUCACAACAUGCUCUCCUCCAACAUCAAGGGAGUCGUCAACGGCUUCCCGCUCCGAAUCGAGGCCGAGAAAGUGAUCCAUAAGGAAGUCGAUCUCAACCCGGACUUCCUCCGAAACAUCUUCUCCAAGAUCGAAUGGAGAGCCCUCUCCGACGCCGCCAGGUCCCUGGGCUACGCCGAGCUGCCGAAGGAGGCGGAGGAGUCGAUGCUGGAGUCCGAAGAGUUCCUGGGCAAAUUCCACCACGCGCUUCUGGAGAUUCAUCUCGAGGAAGGGGCGUUAGUCUGCCCGGAGACCGGCCGGAAAUUCUCGGUGAGCAAAGGGAUCCCCAACAUGCUUCUCCACGAGGACGAGGUAUGA